AAUUUCUAUUUCUAAAAUUUAUUUCUCACAUAAUAGAGAGAAAUAGGAAUCUAAUUAAUGAACGGAAAUUGUAAGAAAUUAAAGACUCAUAAGUUAAGAUGGAAAUUUGUAAUGCAUAAUUGCAUAUCGCCUUGCCUUACCACAUCGGACUGAAAAGUCAAAAGUCUUCCGCCAACUCAAACACACAAACAAAACACCGAAUCGGAUAAAAGAAAGUUAAAAUAACAAAAGGUAAAUAAAACGAUAAAAAUUAAAAUUAAAAAAAACCCCAAAUAAAUCUGCAAGUAUCUCUCAACAAGUCUAGUAGUCUUUCCAAUUUCCGUAUAAUUUACAAAACCCCAUUGGGAUCCCAUCCCAUCCCAUCCCAUCCCACCCCAAAAAUUUUCAUCAACAAAAACAAACAAACAAACAAAUACAAUCAACAACAAUAACUCCAACCAACACAAUUAGCUGCGCCCUUGCGGGAAUGUUCUCUUAUAUAUACUCUUCUUCCUCCUCCUUCUCCCUUACACCCUUCAACCACCUUUUUUCUCUCUCUUUCCUCUUUCUCUCUCUACCCCUUUCUCUCUCCUCCUCUCUUUCAACUCCUACUCUCGGAUAGAUCUUUCUAGAAUCGCCCAAUUCACCGGCUGUUACCUGUUUACUUCAAUGGCCAAGAGUAUUCUUGUCACCGGUGGUGCCGGUUACAUUGGUAGUCAUACCGUUCUUCAGCUUUUACUCUGUGGUUUUAAGGUAGUCGUCAUUGAUAAUCUUGAUAACUCGUCGGAAAUCGCUCUUCACCGAGUCAAGAAACUCGCCGCUCAGUUUUCUACCAAUCUCUCCUUUCACCAGGUGGACCUCCGGGACAAAUCAGCUCUCGAAAUGGUUUUCUCUUCAACAAAAUUUGAUGCUGUCAUUCACUUUGCUGGACUGAAAGCAGUUGGAGAAAGUGUGCAAAAACCAUUGCUGUAUUACAAUAACAACAUCAUUGGUACAGUUAAUCUCCUGGAAGUUAUGUCUGCUCAUGGAUGCAAGACGCUUGUCUUUUCAUCAUCAGCAACUGUGUACGGUUGGCCCAAAGAAGUCCCAUGUACUGAGGAGUUUCCCUUGUCUGCAGCAAAUCCAUAUGGAAGAACCAAGCUAUUCAUUGAAGAAAUAUGUCGUGAUGUUCAGAAUUCUGAUUCUGAAUGGAAGAUUAUUCUUCUCAGAUACUUCAAUCCAGUUGGUGCUCACCCCAGUGGGCAUAUUGGUGAGGAUCCACGAGGAGUUCCAAACAACCUUAUGCCUUACGUGCAGCAAGUUGCUGUUGGCAGAAGACCUCAUUUAACGGUGUAUGGAACUGAUUAUAAUACUAAAGAUGGCACUGGGGUUCGGGAUUACAUUCACGUGGUUGAUUUAGCUGAUGGACACAUAGCAGCACUGCAGAAGCUAUUUGAUUCUAAUAUAGCCUGUGAAGUCUACAACUUGGGAACUGGUAAGGGGACAUCAGUCUUGGAGAUGGUAGCAGCAUUUGAGAAAGCAUCGGGAAAGGAAAUUCCUCUUGAAAUGGCUGGGCGACGCCCUGGAGAUGCUGAGGUUGUAUAUGCCUCAACAGAAAAAGCAGAGCGAGAACUAAAUUGGAAGGCCAAAUUUGGAAUCGAUGAGAUGUGCCGUGAUCAAUGGAACUGGGCUAGCAAGAAUCCUUAUGGUUAUGGCUCACCGGAUAACGAGGACUGAUUGAUUCAACCAGCACAGAGAACAAAUAUACACACACCUAUGUACAAUCUAAUCUCAUUGGUACAGCCGCCGCCUGUUGCUACACCACCCAUACACCACAGUUUCAUCCAGCCUAACUCUAGGAAUAUAGCAUGAAAAUAAUGCGAGUAAUAUAAAAUGCCUAUUUGUGAAGCAUAUAGUAUUAUGUUAGUGUAAAUGGGCUAAGAAUGUCAUGUAACUAUCUAAUUUGUUUUAUAGGUAAUUUUUAAAAGGGGGAAAAAAAAGUAUAUUCUAUUGAGAAGAUCAAUUAUUUUGCAUGUGCUCUCUUUUGGGCUGAAUUCUGCAAGCUGUAAUUUGUUGGAAAUUUCUUGAGUUUCCUCUGCUGGAAAGUUCAAUAUCCAAGUCACCCUGAAGCUGUUAUGGUAUAUCUCAACAACCUAUUCUGAAGCUGCUUGCUAGUGAAUGAAGAGAUGAUUUGAGCAACAACUUGAAAGGAUAAGUUAUUAAUUUUUUGCCCUCUUCCCCGUCGAUCACCCCCCUCGACUUUCCGAUUGCCCUUUCGGGCGUUUAUUGUAGGAUCAUUAUGUUUAGAUACCAAUUAUAGUGAUUUUUUUUGCCUUGUUUAAUUAGGCUGCUUUUUUUUAUUCAUUUAAUUAUUUGAUUUGUUUAAUAUUAUUUUUUUAGUUACAGUGAACCGUGAUUCUUUA